UUUGAGCGAAUGAAUUUUCUUAGCUUUUCCGAGUCACUCUCUGGUCUUGGCAGCACUCUCAUCACUAUUUGCUAAAUCCACUUCUGUUGAGAAAAAUUAACUGUCGUCGGCUAGUUGGAGUUACAUAAAUUAGACGUGCGUGUACUUGCUGUUACUGGCAAACUCACUGAGACAGCGUCACUUGUGAUUAUUCUGAAGAUGAUCAACAAGGACACAGCACAAUUGUACUGUCGAAAAAAGCAAUAAAAAAAAAAUCUCAGCGACAAGUUGACGUUGACUUUCCAAGUGUUGGUGAAUUUAUUGGUUUAACUGUUGAUUAAUUUAAGGUGAAUAAUCUAAGUUAAACUUCAGUGGCUCUGUGCAAGACAUUGAAUAAUAAUUAUUAUUUAAUUACGAAAAAAAAAUCACGUUAAGUGGCUGGGUGGGGCAAGGAAAUUAAACCAAGAGAUCUAAAGUAAUAAAUGACGUGACGAAAGUUGUGUUUAUUUGUAAAAUAAUACAACAAUUGAUACAUGAUCUAUUACAAUCAUAAUAACAAUAAUAAUAAUAAUUAUUAUUAUUAUUAUAAUAAUAACAAUAACAUCAAUAUCAGCAUCAACAUCAACAGCUACAACAACAGCUGAAUAGUUAACAUGAGCUAUCAAUAACAAUUGUUAAUUUAUAUACCAGUUUAUGAACGGCAAUCCGGUAAUUCAACCAACAAAACAUUUAAAAGCAAUUUUCAUUCAAUUUAAAUUAAUUUUUAUUUAUUCACCACAACGUCAAGACUUACAACAGUUACAGUUCUCUUUAUUUAUUUUUUUAUUCUGUUAUUUUUAUUAUUUUCUAUACGAAACCGUAAGCAUCAUCAGUGCAUAGCGGAAUUCCCGGUGCGUGCAGGUCAGUGUGUGUGACCUCGUUAAUCGUGUACCUGCAUAAAUUAUACGGCCUUUAAUUUACACUAGUUAAGGUUACACAAGGAAAGUACUUUUAUUUAUUUUGUUUUUUUUUGUUACUGUCUUAAAGACAUUUAACACGCGGCAAGUUAACUGGUACACAACAAAAAGCUCCACGAGCCACGAGGAAAUGUCUAAUUUCUACAAAUGACGAGACCGAGUACAAAUAAUUCAGGACGUCAGUGGAAGCAGAAAUUACUGGGAAGAUUGACCUAGCAGUAGAGCAACGCGAUGCAUCGGAGACUAGGUCACAGCAACUAUGACGGGAAAAUCGCUGGAUUAUAUGACUUGGAGGAGACCCUUGGGCGAGGUCAUUUCGCUGUAGUUAAACUCGCAAGGCAUGUCUUCACCGGGGAGAAGGUGGCGGUCAAGGUUAUCGAUAAGAGUAAGCUGGAUGAGGUUUCCCGAGCGCAUCUAUUCCAAGAGGUACGAUGCAUGAAACUGGUGCAACAUCCUAAUGUAGUACGGCUUUAUGAAGUAAUAGACACCCAGACAAAGCUCUACCUCAUCUUGGAGCUUGGAGACGGUGGAGAUCUCUAUGAUUAUAUAAUGCGCCAUGAUAGUGGAUUAAGUGAAGAGGUGGCACGGACUUAUUUCCGUCAAAUAGUUAGAGCCAUAUCAUACUGUCACCGGCUUCAUGUGGUCCACAGAGACUUGAAACCCGAGAAUGUCGUGUUUUUUGAGAAAAUCGGUACCGUCAAGUUGACGGACUUUGGUUUCAGUAAUCGAUUUUGUCCUGGACAAAAAUUAGAGACAUCCUGCGGCUCGCUGGCCUAUUCAGCACCGGAAAUUCUUCUCGGUGACAGCUACGAUGCACCAGCUGUUGAUGUCUGGUCACUUGGUGUUAUUCUUUAUAUGCUGGUCUGUGGACAAGCGCCUUUUCAGGAAGCCAAUGAUAGCGAGACAUUAACGAUGAUAAUGGACUGCAAAUACUCAAUUCCUUCGCACGUGUCAGACGAGUGUAAGAGACUUAUUGCUAAAAUGCUUGUACGUGCACCCGAGGGACGUGCAACUCUUGAGCAAAUCGCCAGCGAUCCUUGGCUGGGUAUUGAGACUGAUGAUCCCGUUGACGCUCUACCUCUCGUCUCCAGAGAACAGGUUUCUGAGGAACAUCAUAAUCUUAUCAUUACUAAAAUGGUCAACGGAAAUAUUGCUACGAAAGAAGAUAUUUUAGAAGCUCUUGACAAAAAUGAGUACAACCAUAUCACGGCAACGUACUUCCUGCUGGCAGAGAGAAAAUUACGUGCCCAUCGACAAGAACAAGUACAAAAAGAUCGUACAGAACUGGACGUUACCACGCGUCGCCACAAUGAUCUCUCAGUUAAUGAUCUACGCGUUGAUCCGAAUUCCAUGGGUAGUAUGAACCAAUCAUUACUAUCUGUACCAAGAACACCUGGAGACGUACCGCAGAAUUCACGAACGCGUAAAUGCAGUAUCGUCCAAGAGGAAGAAGAUGAGGACGACGUGUCUUCAUGCUCAGGCCGCGAUGAGCACGGCAGCAAUUCAGCACUGAGUUCAUUCAAUCGUCGUGGUUCCAGAUCAGAGGGUAAAUUGUCACAUGUAUUGCAAGAAAGAUUAGCUCAGUUGCCAGAAAAACACGCGGUACUAAAACAGCCAUUGAGACAAAACAUCCAGACACAAGAAAUAAAACCAAAGGAUUCAGCAUCACCGAGUCAUACAUUUACUGUUGUCAAAGUCCAGCAGGAUCCGUCUUAUCCAGCGGAUGAAAUAACAACCGAGGAGAAUAUGAAUAACAGACUGCCAUCAACAAAAGGAUUAACUUCAACUAUUUGUUCGUCUUCUACAAUAAUAACAGCGCCAACAUCAACAGAAACAAUAACAGCCGUAAGUGGAUUUAAUAAAAAACCUAUUUACAGUAAUUAUGAAAGACCAAAGUCUGCAGCAGAGUCUUUGAAAACUCCCGUACUUGUGCCAAAUAACAAAUGGAAAAUGGGCUCACAGCAUCGGACUGCAAAUGAUUCAAACACAGCAGUAUCGCCAUCGAAAAAUUUAAAGAAUUUUGGUAUUGGUAAAUUAGAAACCAUAACUACGACCAUAUUAACAGAGUCAUCGACAGCCCCGUCACCAAUACGUUCACCAAAGACUUUUACCAGCGACAGUAAUCUCCAGCCCAAGUAUAAGACAAUGCCGUUGACGGGUGGCCCAGCAGUAUCAUCAAUUGGUGAAAUACAGUCGGAAAAAUUGGCAUUGAAAGAAAUUCUCGAGGAUGGAGACGCAUUGGAGUCGACAGCAGACACUGGUGGCGGUGAUAAUUCAUCUAAGAGUCGCGUCAUACGACGCACUGGUUACGAACAGAAGCGAAGUAAAUUUCAUAAAACCCGGACGACAUCUUGCUCGAGUUCCGACGCGAGUGAUGAUGACAGUGAGGGCAGAAAGAAACGUGCACACAAAUUGGGUGCGACUUCGGGUAAACCGUUGCCUUCUAGACGGGACAGUCAUGAUGACUCGAGUGAUUCUCAGGAUCCUGGUGGCAGUGGAGGCAGUGGAGCUCGUGGUGGUCUGGGUAAUGGCGACAGUGUGCAAAAUGAUACUGCGUCAAGUAAUACUCGUAAUGAUGGCAAUGAAAACAGUACAUCGACAACGACGACGACAACAACUGGCACAAGCGGCGGUAAAGUCCAAAGGUGUACAGAAUCUCAGGCAAUGACUUUUGGACGUCGACAUCGAGCUGGCAGACGGCGAGCCGGUGAAACGCGAUUACGUGAAAGUCAAUCAUUAAAUCGUAUUACUGAAGUACAAGAAGCUGAAUUACCAAAUGCUUGUCAUGCUCUCUAUCGAAAUACAACCGUUAUUACAUCAACUUGUAAUUCAACUUCUACAUUAUCAAUUAUUAAUUCUAAAUCAAUAGUAGGAACGGCAACAACAACAACAGCAAUAAUAACAAUGUCUAAUUCAAUAAAUAGUUUAGCAACUUCUACUACUACUACUACAUCUACUACUGCAACAAGUACUAGUACAACUACAAAUACGAGUUAUAUCACAACUACUACUGCGACUACAGUACAACGAGCUAAAGGAUUUGGAGCACGACUUUUACAGAGUUGGAAUCUCAGCGCUAAGGGACUCAUAACUCAAGCUGUCGAUAGCAAAUCCCCAGGAUACAAUUCUAAAGAUAAUAAAAAAAAUAAUCAAGAGGAUAAAUUUGUCGAGAUAAUACGUGAGGAUAAAAAUAAACGUGAGCAAAAUGGUGGUAUAUUAAAUUUUGACAGAGAAAAUAGCAAAAGCUCAUCGAUUAAUAGUACGCGUGGUAGUGGAGUCGGUGGUAGUAAUGAUUGUAAAAAUAGAAAAAUAAGACUUCUUACACGUUACUUUGCAGUACACAAAAAAUUGUGUGUUCCAUUGCCGGGUUUUCUCGGUAAAGGUAAAUUGUACAAAGCCCGUUCUUGUGGCAAUAUCUCAAGGGAGCGGGUCUCCCCGUCUUCACCAAAGUCUGUAUUACUUUGUGCAACCAGUGAGGAUAAAUGGCGGGAACGUCACCAGUGGAAUGAAACUAAAGAACAUCACCAGCAAAAUCAUCAACAACAACAACAGCAGCAAUUGUUACUGCAGCAGCAUCGCGGUAGUGACGGUGACAUAAAUCAGAAUCUUGGGUUAGCUCAGUUUGUACAAGACAGUGUUAUGAACAAUGGCUGUGUCGGUUUACCAGCCAUUUGUCAUAUUCAUCUUGGCGACCCAUCCAAGUGUUGCAGUCUAUGUUGAUAUGAUUUAUUAUUAUGUGGUCCUCCUGACGGUUUAUAAUUAUUAACUGCAGGGAACAGUGCAAUAAUAUUAUCACAUGUAUAAGUCUAAGUCUUCGAAUAAAUUAAAACAAAUAUAUGAGUAUAUAUAUAUAGUUAUAAAGAAAACAAAAAAAUUUCAGCAACAAUAAUGAUAUUAAUAAUAAAAAUGAUACUGAAAUUAGUCGACGAUAAUUUUUGGAUUUUACGAAAAACGGAAAAUUAAAAAAAAAUAUUUCAGAAAAUUGCACUUAUAGUUUUUUUAAUUUUUUACAUGUGCAUAUUUUUAGUUUUUUUUUUUUGAUUGAAUCGUUAAGGGCAUUCUUAGACAAUGUCCCUACUUUUUUAAACUAUUCAAAGACUCAAUUGUAAUGAUCGUAUUAAAAUUUUGAUAAUUAAUUUGAAAAAAAGUUGAUGCAUUAAUUCAAAAAAGGGCAACGCAGUUAAAACUUCGUCGAGAUAUAAAUUAAAAAAAAAAAAAUUAUUUACAGUUGAUAUCUAUUAUGAGUUAAACGAAAUUUGGAAAACAAAUUAAGAGUGUGAAUGUAACAGACAUCAGACAAAUUUAAAGUUGUUAAUAAAUAGAGUAAAUAAUUAAUAAAAUAAAAUUUUUAAAAAAUGCGCAUUUAAAAAAUUUUGAAAUUAAUAAGUGCAUUUUUUAUAAAUAUUAUUUUUUAAUUAUUUACUGUAUUUAUUUAUAAUUUUAAAUUUGUUUGAUGUCUGCUACAAUCACAGUCAUAAUAAAUUUCAGUAAAAUUUUCAUGUCAACGUUAUAAUUUUGUCAAAUUUUUUAGGAUAAAAUUUAUUUACCAAAUUUCGUUUGACUCCUGAUUGAUAUCAACUGUCAGUAAUUUUUUUAAAAAUCCAUAUCUCCGUGAAAUUGUCCUUUUUUCAAUUAAUGCUUUAAUUUUUUGAAAUUAAUUAAUAAAAUUUGAAUACUGUCAUGACAGUUCAAGAUCAUUGACUAUUUUUAAAAAGUGGAGGGCACUGUCUGCGAAUGCCCUUAAAAAAAAUCCAAAAGUUGUUAAUUGUCAGCUAACUUCAGGAUCGUUAUCAAAAAAAAAUAAUCGCCCAUUUUUUUGUAAUUUGCAUAACAUCCAUAAAUUUGUUCGUCGAAUUAUUAAUUAACAGAAUCCUGUAAUGAAUACUAAUAAUAAAUAAAUUAAUUUAAAUUCAGGCCUCUAUUAUUAUAUUGUACAAUUAUUAUUAUUAUUAUUAUUAUUAUUAAAAUCAUCAAUUAUCAUUUAGUAGAGUUGAGGUAUCAGUGUUUACGUCUCAUUGAACUUGGAAUCAAAAAUAGACGGGUAUGAGCAGCGAGAUUAUUGUUAUACAUUAUAUUUAUAUUUAUAUACAUAUAUAUAUUAUAUGCAUAGACACAUAAUGACAAAGAGAGAAUUAUCUGCGAUUAUUUGAUGCUGAAGUUAUCUAGUCCGUGUUAUUAAAAAAAAUAUGAAAACAAUAUUGUAUCGAACGUUGCGGAAUUAUUUGUAAUAUUAUUUUAUGUUGCAUGAUAUUAUAUUCUAUUAUUGAUAGAUUAGCGCUAUUAUUAUUAUGUUAUAAUUAUAAUUAUAAUUAUAUUUAUAUUUAUAUUUAGAUUUAGAAUUGUAAUGAAUGCUGAUAGACCAGCAAUCUCGGCUCGCUGCUCGCACCAGUCACUUAUCCGAUAGUUCUAUUUCCGUCCCUCGGUGCUUCCCUGUCUUCGAAAACCCGUAAUUAUAAAUUUAAAUUAUAAAUUAAACAUAUAGUAUAUAUUAUUAUCAUUGAUUAAUUAAUUAAUUUAAAACAAAAGAAAAACUUAAUCUCCGUUUUCCAUACAAUCCUAUAAAUUUGUACCGCAAAUAUUGUGCUGUAUUAUCUAAAUUAUUGUUUACUUUAUUAAUUACUGAAUUAAUUUACUGGAUGUUAUUCAAGGAUAAGAACAAAAUUAUCACAAACAAUAAUAAUAAUGAUAAUUAUAAAGCUUUGUCUCAUUACCACAUUGUCAAUGCGAGCUCAUGAUUCAAUAAAUGGCAUGCCUUUGUGCUGAUUAAAAUGGAAAUUUUAAUAAAUAAAUAAAUAAAUAUGUUGCAAGGAGGAAUAUUAUUUAUAUACAUUAAUAUUAGACGCAUUUUUUCCAAUUACAAUCCAAGUAUUUUUUAUUUUUACUUUACUCAAUAAUUAUACGUUUGUUUGUUUGUUUGUUUUUUCGCCGCUUUGGUAACAAUCAAUAUCGUGAUUUUUUAUAUAAACAAAUAAAAAUUUAUAUAUCACUUUUUUAUAUAUUAUUCAAAGCGAUAAAUUAAUAUUUUCUUGCACGGUCCAAGUUGUUUAUAUGUAAUUAUUGUCGAGUGUAUGAUUAAUAAAUAUAAAAACAAACCGAAAAAUUAAAUAAUACCCACAUGUAUGUACCGAGCCCGACGUUUAUGUAAACAAGUAAUACAUUUAUUUAUUAUAACUUUUAUGAAAAUAUUUAUUUUUAUUAUUAUUAAUUACUAUUAUUAUUAUUCCAAUCCUUAAUAUUAUUAUUAUUAUUAUUAUUAUUAUUAUUAUUAUUAUUAUUAUUAUUAUUAUUAUUAUUAUUAUUAAUUAACUAAUUAUUUUAAUUUAAUAAAAUAAAGAAUGAAUCAAUAGAAAAAAAUUUUUA